UCCACAGUGGCCGGCUGGACACGCACCACCGCCCCGCAGCUUAGGAUCGACUCGCCCGCUCCGCUGUGGCCACUCCGGGUGUGAAAACCGCCCCCGCGUGGAUCCUCGUCGUCGCCUUUGCGCUGGCGACGCCGCGCCCGGAGAGAUGAAUAAGGAAGUGAUGUCCCGCGUGGAGAAAAAGAGGAUGGCGGAUCCCAAGGUGGUCCAGCACGUUUGGGCCGCUAUCGAGGUCAUCCGCAACCAGAAGCAAAUCGCCAACAUGGACCGCAUCUCCAAGUACUUGAGCCGCGUUUUCGGCAUGCACCCGAAGGAGACUGCCCGCCAGCUGAGCCUGGCCGUGAAGGACGGCCUGGUGGUGGAGACGCUGACGGUGGGCUGUAAAGGCUCCAAGGCGGGCAUCGAACAGGAGGGCUACUGGCUGCCCGGAGACGAGAUGGAGCCUCAAGCGGAGGGGAGCAAGGAGGGGGAGCAGGGCGCAGCCAACGAGCGCUCUCCGGCGUGUCCCCCUCAGGAGUGGGAGGCCGAGAGCCACGACUGGUACUGCUUUCAGUGCCACCUACCGGGCGACGUGCUGCCCUGCGACGACUGCUUCCGCGUCUUCCACCUCAAGUGUCUGUCGGAAGAGGGACGGCCCCGCGACGCCGCCACCGGCCCCCAUUGGCAGUGCGUCUUCUGCAGGGGGAGUAAAAAGAAGAACCUCAGCAAACAGGAGAUGUGCAAAUAUCUGCGCUUCAUCGUCCAGCGCAUGAAGGAGAGGGCGGUGGACCUGAACAAGAAAGGCAAAGACACCAAGCAUCCCAUGUACAGACGGCUCAUCCACACCGCGCUGGACGUCUCCAACAUCCAGGAGAAUCUGACGGAGGGGAAGUACAAGAACUUUGAGGAGUUCAAAGCCGAUGCCCAGCUGAUUGUCCACAACACGGCCAUCUUGUAUGGAGUGCACAGCGACCAGGCGGAGAUGGCGCGUCUUCUCUUCAGCGACACCUGUCACGAGCUGAACGAGCUGUUGCUGUGUAAGAACUGUUUCUACCUGUCCAACGCCCGCCCCGACAACUGGUUCUGUUACCCCUGCACUCCGAGUCAUGACCUGGUGUGGGCCAAGAUGAAAGGUUUUGGCUACUGGCCGGCCAAAGUGCUGCAGAGGGAAGACAACCAGGUGGACGUGCGCUUCUUCGGCCACCAGCACCAAAGGGCCUGGAUUCCCUCGGACAACAUCCAGGACAUCAAGGUGAGCGUGCAGCAGCUGCAGGUGAAGCGUAGCAGCGGCUGGAAGAAAGCCUGCGACGAGCUGGAGGUCUACCAGCGCUUCCUCAAGGAGGGACGAUUCUGGAAAACCAAGCUCGAGGAAGAAGGCGGCGGCGGCGGCGGUGGCGGCGGCAGGGGCGGACAGAGUCCGAGCCCAAGGAAGUCACAGAAAGAAGGCAACCAGCGGAUGGACCGGACGCCGAGGAUGGUGAAGACGGAAAAAGUGCAAGUUUCGGACAUGUUGGAGAGGGUGCACGGCUCCAAGAGGACGGAGAGGAGCGAAGAAGCCGAGUCCAGCAUCUCAUCGACCAGCAACGAGCAAGUCCGACAGAUGAAAGGGAGCCAGGAGCCCAAGGCCAAGAAAAGCCGGCGGACGCCACAAGUGGAGCCCAAAGAAGAAGCCAGUGACCCCGAGCCCGAAAUGGAGGCAGUGAGCUCGAGCCAGGAGAUCCCAGUGUUGUUCGCGCCGCCGCCGCCCGAGAAGCAGUCGGUGUCCACGCAGACCAAGAAGGCCAGCGGCGGGUCGCCGCGCACUCUCCACCGCGGCACGCAGACCAGCUCGGAUGCCGCCAACUGUCACAACAUGUGCCACGAAAAAUACACCAAGGUCUUCAACGAGUUCAAAGAGAGGAUGAAGGCCGACAACAAGCGCGAGACCGAGCGACUGGUCCGGGAAGCUCUUGAGAAGCUGCGUGGCGAAAUGGAGGAGGAGAAGCAGGAGGCGGUGAGCAAGGCGAUGGGCGGCGCUCAGGCCGAGUUGGAGCGCAAGUGCAAGCAGGUGAAGGACAAAUGCAAAGAGGAGCUGCUGGACGAGGUCAAGAAGCUGGUGGCGCAGCACAAGCAGCUCGUCUCGCAGACCAAGAAGAAGCAGUGGUGUUACAACUGCGAGGAGGAGGCCAUGUACCACUGCUGCUGGAACACGUCGUACUGCUCGAUCAAGUGUCAACAGGAGCACUGGCACGCCGACCACAAGCGCACUUGCCGCAGAAAGAGAUGAAAAGAAUCCGGACCCGCGUUGUUCCUUCCUCCUCGCACGCCAUUGGCUUCUCCAACUCCUCCUGUCGUCAAUCAAGGUCUGCAACACACACAUUUUUGCCUUCCUUCUUUCGUGUCUCCAAUGUUUUUUCAACUUUUAAAAAAAACAAAACAAUUUUUUUAUAUUAUUUAACACUCAGUUUUUAUUUAGUGGUAAUGAUUUGUCUUUGUCCCACCGAAUGUUAUUUAAGUGUGUGCAGCAUUUAACUUUUUUUUUUUUUUUUAAUGAUUUUAUUUUUUCCAAGCGCAGAUAACGUAAACGCUGCUUUCAUCAAGAGAAAAAAACUGUGGGGGGAAAAUAUAAAAAUAGAUCACAACAGAUGUGGGCAUUUUUUUUAAAUCAGUCCUUUUGACCUAAAAUCGACAAAAUAAAAAUCAAAAUUGUGCUCACUUAUUAUUGGGGACAGGGUCACAGCAUCAUUGCUGACUAAACAAAUCUUCCCUUCUUGUUUUGAAUUCUUCUGCACGUUUCUUAAUUGCAUGGCAACGCUAAAUUGAGUCGUAAAUAUAUAUUUUUGGAAUUUUAACGUGGCGUGGAUUUGUACAAAGCAAAUGCAAAUCACGCAAGUUUUAAACCAUAAAAACCAAGACUGGAAUAACAAAAAAAUAUACACUGACAGGCGGGCCGAUAUCGAAUUUAUGCAAAUCGAAUGAUCCAACAGGUGGCGCCAUAGGCGUUUUUUUUUCUCUUUCCCCUUUGUGAUGAAGGUGGACUGAACAGAGGGAAAAUCAUAGAACUAUUUUUGUCCUGUUUGUUGUAUUAUUGUUUGUAUUCAUACAGAGCAAUUGUUAGCCUAAAUUCACGAAUACGGGCUCUCUUCCUGGCCGAUGCACUACAUGUAAAUAACAUGUUCCCAACUGCCACGUCAUGUAUGAUUCGUCAUAUCAUCACGGUCAACCCACGAACAGGCUGCUCCUCUGCCUCGUGCUCGCUUGGACUGUUGCAGGUGUUCUGAAACUGCCAUAUCGGGAUUUUAAAAAGUUAAUAAGGGCCGACCAAUUGAAUUCUUGGGUGCUGUUGCCAAUUCCUACAUUUGACCCCCCCCAAAAAAGUAUUACACAUUAGGAUUAGGGAAGGGGGCUGGGGGGGGGGGGGGGGGGCAGCGGGAUCUUCAUUGAAUCCCAAAGGUUUGAGAACCCCCGCCCCAACUUCAUGUUCUUCCACGUGUCAUUCCAGCGCAUGACUUUUCUUGUUCUUUCUGAUUGUCGUGUGCAGUCACCUUGGAAAUCAUUUGUUGACCCCCGCCCCGAAAAAAAAAUAAAUAAAACCCCACACACACAAUGUUGGUCUCGGCACUCAACUUUGCAAAGCACGUUGUCACUUCCUGUGCGCCCACCCGCCCAUGUAUUCAUGCUCCAAAAUCAAUUUUGGGUUUUUGAUGCUCUAGCUAGCAAUAUGUAUAUAAAUCUGUUCUAUGUGCUAACAUGGAGGAAAUAAAUGUAUCAACAAGU